AUGGUGGAUCCGGACUGCUCCUUGCCGGGCCUAGUAGCUGGUGGUGGCGCUGGGCAUAGCAGUCUUGGGGCUGGUGACUGGGUGCAUAAGUGGCUAGUGUCGAAGCCGAAAUUCUUGCAACCAGAGCGGGUCCUGGGGCCAGUACCGCGUCGCCGCGCUCGUCCGGCUGUCACCGUUCCCGCCUUACCCGAUUUUCAACUAAAUGGUCACGACGACCAAGAUCCAGUACCUGCCCUACAUCACCAGCUCCCUCGUAGGCAUUUUCCGAAGAUCUUCGUGGCCCUCUACAGUGGCUUUCUUUGGCGGGACAUAGCACAGAGGGAAGCCUAA